AACGUUGCAAUCUCAAAAACACAUGACGAUGACAGGAAAUGAUCCAUUUGAAAAAAUGUCAACGAAAAAAUAUAAUUAACCCGAAUUAUGGUUAUUCGAUACAAAAUCCUAAGUGACACUUUUGAAAUCAACUGGAUUCAACCGGAACAAAGUUCUAUGAAAUUUUAGCGCGAAAUUUGAACUUGUGCAAUGUGUUUUCUUCAAACAAUUAUAUAAUUCGGAAUUUUUUAGGCUAUACAGUUGAUAUAUUACAAUUUACAAUAUUUUAUUUUGUAAAUUACAAUAUUUUAUAUCAUUAUUUGAUAUCAUUUUUAAAUAUGAAUUCCUUUGCGGAAAGUCCAUUAUUUUUUUUUAUGGAUAAUAUGUCACCCAUCAUUCCUGUUAAAGUUACCAAAGAUACACGAAAAAUUAUUGAAUUGUCGGAUACAGGUUGUGAUGCCAGAUUACCGGCGACCAAAAUUUUACAAAAUACCGAUCGAUCUUAUCCUCCAAAAUCUAAGAUAAAAUUAAACGAAGAUUGGCAAUCAUAUUGCGACGAAAAAAUUGAGAACAAAUAUUAUGAAGAAAGAAUGCAAAAUGAACAUAAUACAAUGGAUGCUAACGCAGGCUAUUAUUCUUUUCCUAAGAAAGAUGAAAUCGAUCAGAAUUGGGAAAGCUUCUCUCCACUUGAAGAUUUUAUGGAAAAUGUAAAUUUCAGAAAAAAAUUAGAGACUAAAGAAAUCAGAUCUAAAUUAAAAACACCAGAAAGAACAAAACCAAAUUCUUGGAAGCACAAAGAUAAUGAAAUUUUAUCAACCACCAUUCCCAAUAAUCACAGCCAAACUCGACAAAACGUUCAAAAUAAUAUAAACGAUAUAAAGAAAGAUACUACUUCUCAUACUAUAGGGUCAAAAACGACUGGAUAUAAAUUCAAAUUUCCUCGUUCUAAUUAUCCCAAAGUAGAUCCCCGACUUACCGAUCCAACAGUUACCAAUAGAGAAAAACUAAUUUCUAUGGAACAAGAAUAUUACGAAGAGUUUCCAUCUAAGGAUAUUCCGGAGAAAUCAUCGAAAAAUUAUAAAUUUAAUUGGCAAAGAAAUGCUAACAUAUCCGAUUACACGGAGAAUCUUAUGGAUGAAAUAUCGCAUAAAAAUUCUAGAUUUUCUAGAUAUAAUUCGAAAAACGAAAAAUUCACUAAUUCCAGGAAAUCUAACGACACAUCGAAAAAUUGGAACGAGACAAAUGCUAACAGAAUUCGAUCCAGAACUUGUUCACCUCCCAUCAGUCGACGAAAAAGAAGUAGAUCUUUUCCUAAAACGUUUUACGAGGAAUUGAAUCAACAUGAAGAUCAACGAAAUACAGAAGAUCCGGAAUAUAUGAAUAACGAUGAGCCUCGAUUUUCACAAAAUUCAAAUUCAAACGAAUCCGUAAAUGAACCAAAGUUUGUGGAUCGUGGAGUGGAUAAGGACAGUUUAUCCGACUUGCAAAAUGUUUAUACAUCCACUGAACGAUUAUUCAGUUCGAGGACAACGAUUGUGGAUCCUUUGUCGGAUACCGGUAAUACAAGAGUUAGCUUCUGGGAGUUCAUUCCAUUGGACGAUAUCGAUGAUCAAAAAUGCGAAAAGAUUACUGAACAAGAAAGUAAGAGAACUGGUUUUUUGCACCAACAAGUUCGUUUAAGUAAUGAGAAUUAUUCUUCCACUAAACGUUCGCCCAAUAAUUUUAUUAGAGUUGAGAGAAGAACAGAAGUUCAAAAAGAUAUCAGAAAAAUACCCGAAGAAAAUUUUCCGAAUUUCAAAUUAUACGAAAAAGAAUUUCCGAAAAGGUUAAAUACGGAAAAAACUACGUUACUCAAUUCUUUUCAGAACGAACGAUACAAUGAUAGAUCAAAUUCUACUGAGACAAAGUUUAUGAAUUCUAACCUCGAAAGACAGAGAAUAAUGUAUUCGAAUAUUCCUAUAAAAAUGAAAAUUGUCAAUACAUCGAAGACACAAGAACGAUGUAAUUACGAAUCCAAAAGUCAAACCAAGAUUGGCAGUAGAUUUAAUUUUGGAUGGACAAAUAAGACGAAUCGAUAUUUAAAAAGACCAGUCAGUGCACCGAAGCCUGAGAUCAUCGAAGACAAAAAGAAGAGAAUGAUGCAUAUGCAAAACGAUGCAUAUAAACAAAAGCUAAAAACAAAUAUUAUGGAGAGAACGGCAGCGUGUUUGAAACGCAAACUGGAUAAAACGAAAAUCAAGGAAGAUCUGGCAAUUUUGAAUCAGCAGAUAAUCCAGAAGAAGAUAAAGUCUGAACAGUCUGCCUCCAAAUUGCCUGUAAGAAUAGGAAAACGCCUUAGAUCGAAGAAUCCUAUCGCUAGAAAUCGAAUUAAUGAGGCAAUGUACGGUACUAAACAAGAAAAUAAAGAGAUAGAAAUAAAGGAAUUUAAUGAUACGUGUCAAUUGAACAAUAUAAGAUCUCGAACGAAACCGAAGUUGAGACCGAGCGUGAUAAUAGAUGAAGGAAUAAAUGUUACCGAAACUUCGAAGAAUCUUCCAUUGAUAGAGAAAAUGCAGUCCAUCGUGAAUGAUUGUAGAAUUGGAGUUAAAGCUAAUUUCAAUGAGGAUUUGAAAAAUGUGAAAUCAACAAUGAUUAAAGAUCACGAUAUAAAGAAAGAUGCGAAAUCUUUGAAUGAAGAGGAUAAGAAUGUUGAGGUUAAAGAUAGAAUCGAGUCGAAAAAAUUUGUAAAUAUCGAGGAGAAUCGACGGAAGAGGAAUAACAUGAAUGAUAAUCGAGAGAUGAAUCAAAAGAAUUUUUCAAUAAGAGAAGAAAUCGAAGGUAUUUCGAAAAAUGGUUUGAAAGAGAAAUGUUUUUUUCGUUUGAACGAUAAUAUUACUUGUGAUAAUUAUUACGAUAAAGAAUAUAAGAACGUAAAUCCACUUCGAUCGCGAAACAUAUCAAUCAGAUCACAAUUUUGAUUUUGUUAAUAUUUUUUUUUUCAAAAUAAUUUCUUUAUUUCAAGGUACGUAUAUUUCACGUUCAAAAUUUAAUGUAAUGUAAAAUUAAGACAUUUUUUUUAAACAUAUGAUUAAUACUAGUAUUAAACAUCUGUAUCAUAAAGGUUCAAACGAUAAUGUUAUCAACUGUAUAGCCUUUAA